AUGAAAGGUACCUACGUGCUGCGCGACGACCUCCACCUAGCUACGCCCCCACCGCAUCCCUCAGAGGCCCCCAUCCACAACCCGAACCCGCUUGCAACGACAGUCUCUCCUCCCACCGCCGGCACCAAGCUAUCGCUGGUCGCCCUCGCGCCCCGCCAGCCCUCGCAGUCGCAACUCCACCGAUUCGGCACACGGACAAGCACCCGGUCGCAAGUGCCCCCGAGCAUACAGGAGUCGCCGCACGAGUCCAACAGCCAGGCGAGCGAUGGUGGCUCAUACAGCGCCAAUGGCAUCGUGUCGUCUCCGCUGGAUGGGCUGAAGACACCCGUGUUUGGCGAAGGCAACGCGGCGCUGGCAGUCAUCAACGGCAAAGACUCCAAGGAUCCUACUAAGAGGCGGAAACCGAAGAGCAACAUUGUUAAGAGCAACUCGUCCUUCGUAUCCAGAGUCAUUCCCCACGAGGCGCUGACCAAGCGAUUGCAAGAACACAACCCAAAUGGUCUCUACGCUUUCGCAAACAUCAACCGCGCAUUCCAGUGGCUGGACUUGACAUCGCCUACCAAAGACGAACACCUGACUAAGAUCCUCUUCACCAAAGCGCACGCGCUAUGUCACGACAUAAACCAGAUCACAAAAGGCCCAAAUCAUCUUGACAUCAUCAUGGGUUUCUCGACAGGCGACAUAAUAUGGUAUGAGCCAAUGUCGCAAAAGUACGCGCGCAUCAACAAGAACGGUGUCAUCAACAAGACUGCCGUGUCGGAUAUACGGUGGUUGCCGAACAGUGAGAAUCUCUUCCUCGCGGCGCACAUGGACGGCAGUCUGGUGGUGUAUGACAAGGAGAAGGAAGACGCCGUGUUUGUGCCAGAAGAGGCCGUCACAUCUCCUAGCGAGAAUGGGCUGACGGAUCAGGAGAAGAAGCUGAAGCACCUCUUAACCGUGAAAAAGUCUGUCAACUCGAAGAACCAGAGAACGAACCCCGUGUCCUACUGGCAAGUCUCCAGGUCAAAGGUCAAUGCCUUUGAAUUUUCGCCCGACCGACGUCAUCUUGCGGUUGUGUCCGAGGAUGGGUCCUUCAGGAUCAUGGAUUUCCUUCGCGAGAAGCUGCUCCACCACUACAUGAGCUAUUACGGCGGCAUGAUGUGCGUCUGCUGGUCGCCUGACGGUCGCUAUGUCGUCACGGGAGGGCAAGACGAUCUCGUCUCGAUAUGGUCUUUGGAGGACAGCAUGCUGGUAGCGCGCUGUCAAGGCCACAAUUCGUGGGUGACAGCAGUGCAGUUCGAUCCAUGGCGAUGCGACGAGCGCAAUUACCGUAUUGGCAGCGUAGGAGAGGACUGUCGCUUGUUGCUGUGGGACUUCAGUGUCGGCAUGCUGCACAGACCGCGAGCAGUGAGUGCAGUCGUUGAACGCGACAGUUGUGAUGGCUAA